ACCGAAACGUGGUCGUACAUUUAGGAGCGUUCGAACUGGACGCCAAAGACGGAGGGCGACGGUGCCACACCCACGUUCGGAUAACCCGACGAUGAGCGAGUCCGAAGAGGAUCCGUUCGUCUUUGGUGGAGUGGACGACUGGCAACGGGACGCGUCCGAGCCCUACUCGUGAAUCCCAGCCAAGGAAACGCAUAGAGUGCAGGACAUCUUCGACGUAUGUCCAAUCGCCGAACCUGCCGUGAUGUAUAGACGCUCAUUGUCAAAGCGGCGGUUGGUUUGGACCGGUCUUUGAGGAGAAUUCUUACCAUGCGAUCAAGGAAUACUUGGACGGCGAGGAUACUUCGCCCGACGACACCAUCUCUCGAACCGCAGCGCCGAUCGAAGCUGACGUGUUGUCGGGCCAACCGGACGACGGCGUUCCGUGGUUGUUGGACCUGUGGCAUGGCUUUUUGCACCAAGCGAGGAGAACAUCCGUGGCACGUCAAGGCAAUCUAGUACACUUGUUGAAGUCGUUCAAACCAAGACCGGACCCCCGCGGAACAGAAAUGCGCUCCACCUUGAGCCAUCUAUUCCACGGCUGCGACAGAAGAACGUGCGUUGGACGGGGUGGCGACUCGUGGAAUGCCCGCCAGGCGCUGUACGAUGGCCUCGAAAGAGCCAACGACGCGCUUGACUUGGAUCGACAUGUCCCCGCCGCGGCAGCAAGGACCCGACUGUUUGAACUUCGCUUGAAGGACGACGAAACCUCCACCCCUUCCAUCGGAAUCGUCUCGGGACACGGUGGGACCUUUAAAAAGAUGUGGCUUGACCAAAUUGGCCGCCACCCUGGUAGCCACGACGAAACCAAACGAUGAAUCGAUAUGCGGCAUGGUACCUCACUGACCCUGACGUCGUAAACGGACGAGUGCCUGGCGAGUUUGCCAUGCAAUUGUCUGCACAAUGGUCGUAAGUGGUCUUGGCAAUGCAGAGGGCUUGGUGAAGACGGUCGCCCAAGCACUGUCGACGCACAGUUCGAGUCUCGAGCGUUCGAAUGCUUCUUGGAGUAACCUAGUUGCCAGUGGGGGUGUGGCACCGCAUC